GCGUAAAAUUUUAAUUAUUUGAUUUGCACACAUUUUUUUCGUAAAAAAUGAAUUUAAAAGUAUUGGUUAAUAAAUGGAACACGAAGUAUUUAAUUUUGGCACUUUUUGGUGGAUGUAUUUCAAUACUUGGUUAUUUAAUUUAUGCUUUGGAUCCAAUUCAAAUAUUAAUAGAUAAGCUUCUUACAUUACAACCCGGAUCUAUUUUAUAUAAAUUGUGGACUUUUCCUCCAUAUGAAAUUCUUGUUAACGUUUAUAUAUUUAACAUUACGAAUAGUGGACGAUUUCUUGCCGGGAAAGAAAAAUUAAAUGUAACUGAAGUAGGGCCGUAUGUUUAUCAGGAAAUAUUAAAGAAUACUAAUGGACACUUAAAUAAAAACAACACUUUGACGUAUAAACCAAAAAGAGAAUUGGUUUUUAGGAAGGAUUUAUCACCAAAUAAUCCAUAUGAAGAUUUAAUUAUAACACCAAAUAUUCCGCUUUUGGGUAUUUCAUCUUAUUUAAAAGAUAAUUACGGUUACGUCAUAAAUUUAGGACUUGCAUCGGUUGCAAAUAUGGUCAAGAGUAAACCCAUAGAGCAUUUAACACCAUCCAGUUAUUUAUUUGGAUAUGAUGAUCCUUUGGUAACAUUAGCUAGUACUUACAUUCCGUCUUGGAUUGAUUUCACUAAAUUUGGAAUUUUGGAUAGGAUAAUGGCCCUUGAUAAUGCAGAUAACACGGUUACAUUACAUUUAUCCAAUUCAACAUUAAACUACAGCAAUUCGGAUAUAGAUGAAAUUCUUCCGAAUUCAAUAAAUAUAUUUAACGGAUCACCAGGUUUGAAACAUUUGGGAUAUAGCGACGAUGAAAAAUCUCGUUGUAACACAAUUCAAGGCGCUUUCGAUGGUGGAUUAUUUGCGAGAAAUAUGAAAGAAAACACUACCUUAAAAUUAUAUAGAAGAGCGUUUUGUCGUACUGUUAAUAUCGUGUACGAAAACAAAAAUUUCACAAACGGAGGGUUGGAAUAUUACCAAUACCGUCUUGAUCCAAAUUUGUUAUUGAACAAUAUAUCGGAUAAUAAAUGUUAUUGUUCGAAUAAUAAAAAAUGUUUACCGAACGGAUUCGGAUCGAUUGCACCUUGUUAUUAUGGAAUACCAAUCGUUAUUUCUCAACCACAUUAUUAUAACGCUGAUGAAAGAGUUUUAGAACAAGUAAACGGUUUAAAUCCGACCAAAGAAAAGCACGAUACGAUAAUGAAAAUAAAUCCAUAUUUAGGAGUACCAAUAGAAGGUAAACUUAGGGUUCAAAUAAACCUUAAAGUAUCGGAAAAUCUAGCUGUUUCUAAUUAUAAGCCAUUCCAAGGGAUGAUGCUCCCAUUAUUUUGGCUUGAAAUGGUAAUAGAUGAUACUCCGUUUUAUAUAAAAAUAGUUAUGUACAUCGGAAAAUAUAUAACGUCUAUUGUAAUAACGAUUUCGUGUGUGUUAAUUCUACUGGGUAUGUCAUUGUUGACGUUAGCAAUGUUAUUUAUUUUUUAUUAUCCAUGUCGAAAUCAUAAUUUAAAAAAUCUUUGUGAUAAUAGAGUUGGUUAUAGUCCUAUUUUAACGGUACCGAUGCAAAGUUGUCGAAUAUAAAAUUAAUUGUUAAUUUCAAAUUAAAAAUAAAAGUGAUAAUGUGA